AUGGUCGUGACCAAUAAAGAAGCUAAUCGUAAGCCAAAGCGUGGAAGUUUCAUUGGUCUUGGUGGUCUUCUUCCUAAAGUUUCUACUUAUCGUAAUAAAGAGAUUAAGAAUAAGAAUAAUAAUAAUAAAGAAGGAGAAAGUAUUCAACAACAACAAGAAGAAGAAGAAGCUGAAGAAGAACCAGUACAAGAUCAUCAAGAAGAAGAAGAAGAACAGCUGGAUAAAGCAAAAGAACUUCCAGAUUUUUCUAGUGAAUGUCGCUCCCAUGAUCACAUUAUAUCAACUCCUUCUGCUGCAUCAGUAGCAGCAGCUGCGAUACGUCGUCGUGGUAUGUCCAUUGAACAAACAGCUACAUCACUCUAUCGUCGUAUUAGCGUUCGUCAGAACUCAGCACUUGAAUCUAUGGAGGGAGCGACAAGUAAAUCAUCACUUACUGGCAGUAUCAUAAGCUCUCCAUCUUUUCAAUUCGAACCGGAGCUUAAAUAUCGACGUGGGACGUGCGUUGCUACAAUUUUUGGGACUGGAAUUGUGCUAGACGUACGUAUUGAGGAUGGGUUUUAUGUGAUACAGUUAGUACCAAAGAGUAUUGCAUACUUGCUAGAAGACACAAUCAUUCGAGAAAUUAAAAGUAUUGUGGGUGAAAGAGUCAAGACACGAUGGGGAAUGGCUACAGUUGAACAAUAUUAUAUUGAUGACGAUAUGUAUAGUAUUGCUCUAGACUGGCGUUGGGAUGACGAACAUGUGUGGCCUCUCUACGGGAGAGUGUUGGUUCCAAGCUUAAUACGACUACCAAAAAGCUUUGCAGUUAACACGAAGCAUGACGCGCUGACGAAUCUGGAUAAAGCACAAACACCGUUUGGUGUAUGCACGGUGCUGGAGGUACGACCGGACAAGCUCUUUGUGGGUGAGACGCCCUGUGGUGCCACGGCCUACUUGAAUGCGGAGUCGGUGCGGAUUUUGGGAAGACGGACGCAUUUUGCUAGUGGUGACCGUGUUGACACGCCAUUUGGGCCUGGGCUUAUUGGACACUUUCGCGACGAUGACGAGACGUAUGCGGUGGAACUAGAAGUAUCGCCGCUUGCUGGUCAAUCGCCAUUGCUGUUCAUUAGCGAUGUACAUGCCGAAAGCAACCUGACGCUUGCGCCGGCGGCUUCUAAUACGCGCCUGUCCUCGAUCUUGAACCUCACGCGUGCGUCCAUGAUUAAUGCCGGCGAGAGAAUGCGCAGCGCGUCUGUUGCUGCUGGUGGCCUUCCCACGCUUCCAGCCAACCUGCCUGCAUUGCCGGGCAACCUCCCUACGCUCUCUAGUGUUAAGGCCAAGGUGUCUACCAUGGCUACAAUUAAGAUGACUUCGAAAGCCAAAUUUCACAAGGAUGAGCGUGUGCUGACAAUGUUUGGAUCUGGAUUCAUCGUGGAAGCCCGCGCGCAAGAGAAGAUUUACCUUGUGAAUCUGCGUCGGCUUAAGUUCUCGGGCUACUUUCACGAGUCAAGCCUUGCGCGCUUCCCAUACGAGCGCGUCACACACUUUGUGGUUGAUGGCCGCACUGUUCCGGCGCCGCCUAUUCCAAAGAAUGCUAGUGGCUACAAACGUCGCGCUGUGAUCACCGCGGCAAUCAAGUCGGCUCGAGAAAGCUAUGUUGACAAGGGUGACAAGCUUGGGACGCCGAUAAAUGCCGCAGCGGCCGUUGAAGCAGCAGUCGCCGUUGAUACGAGUACUGUCUCGACACCAUCUAUUGCCAUGCCGGUGUCGGUUGCACAAUAA